AUGGUUAGAAAUAUUAAAAUAGGGGAUGGAUGGUGGAAGGUGAUAGGAGUGUAUGUCAAUGAAGGAGUGGAGAGAUUAUUGGAUGAGUUGAGAGAGAUAUUGGAAAAGAAAGAAAAGGAUGUAAGAACAAUAUUAGGUGGGGACUUUAAUGCCAGAACGGGGGAGGAAGGAGGUGAAAUAGUGGAGGAAGAAGAAAGAGGGGAAGGUACGAGAAGAAAAUCAAAAGACAAGAAGUUAAAUGCAGAGGGGAGGAAAUUGGUGAAUAAAAUAGAGGAAAUGGGAUGGACUAUAUGGAAUGGAGAUACGAGAGGUGACGAAGAGGGAGAGUGGACAUAUACUGGAGGGAGGGGAGAGUCGGUGAUAGAUUAUGUUAUAGGAGAAGCAUGGUUAAAGGAUGAAGUGGAGAGGAUGGUAGUAGAAGACAAAGUGGACUCAGACCAUCAGCCGGUGGUGGUGUGGGUGAGAAUAAAAGGAAGUAAGAGAAAAAGAGCAAGGAAUGAGAAUGAAGGAAAAAAGAUGAAAAGGAUAAGAUGGACGGAAGAAGGAAGUCAACAAUUGGAAGAAGAGAUGGAAAAAAGGGAAGAAAGGGAGAAAAAAGUAGAGGAAGAGUGGGAGGAGAUGAAAAAGCUGAUAGGUAGGGUGUUCAAAGGAAUUGAUGGAGAAGAAAAGAAAAAUGGAAAAAGAUGGUGGGAUGAGGAAUGUAGGGAAAAGAAGAAAAGGGUGUAUGCGGGAGUUCUGGCUGAAAGAUUGAGGAUGGAAGUAGAAAAGAAAGGUUUGAUGGGGAAUAAUCAGGCGGGCUUUAGAAAAGGGAGGGGAGCAAUAGACAAUAUUUAUGUGUUAAAUUACUUGGUAAAUAAGAACUUAAGUAAGAAAGGAGGGAAGCUAAUGGCUUUCUUUGUGGAUUUGAGGUCAGCGUUUGAUAUGGUGGACAAGGGAGUGUUGACGAGGACAAUGAACGAGAGAGGGGUAAGGAAGGAGUUAGUGGAAAAGUGUAUGGAAUUAUAUAAGGAAACGAGAAUUAGAGUGAGAAAAGGAGAGAAGGUGGGGAAGAAAUUCUGGGUAGGUAGGGGAGUGAGGCAGGGUUGUCCGUUGAGCCCUGAUCUGUUUAAUCUAUUACUGGUGGAUCUGGAAGAGAAGGUGAAAAAAGGGAGUUGGGGUGGGGUAAAGAUAAAGGGAGAAAAGAUCUACUCAUUAGCGUAUGCGGACGAUAUUGUGCUACUAGCGGAAGAGGAAGAAGGGAUGAGAAACUUAAUGAAGAGGUUUGAAAAGUAUAUAAAAGAGAAGGGAUUGGAGUUGAAUGCAGAGAAAUCUAAAGUACUGAGAUUUAGAAAAGGAGGAGGAAGAGAUAAGAAAACGGAGUGGUAUUGGAGAGGGGAGAAAAUAGAGGAAGUAAAGAAGUUUAAGUAUUUAGGAUUUAUAUUCCAGAGGAACGGAAGACUGGAUGAGCAGAUUAAGGAUAGAGUGAAAAAAGGGGCAGCGGUGAUGGGGCAGGUGUGGGGAAUCGGAAAGAGGAGGUUUGGCAGAGAUUGGGGAAGAAGAGUUUGGCUUUUCGAUACGUUGAUAUGGUCGGUGGAUCAGAAGGACUGUUUGAAGAAGAAGUACCAUCAGGAUUAA